AUGCCAGCGCCCGCCGGUACAAAGCGAGUUAGGGGUGUUUCGAUAUUCCGGCCUUUCAUCUUCGGAAGCGAAGCGCAGCCAUUUGAUCCAAAUAAACGGCCGACUGGCAUUCCCGAAGAUCACACGCACCAAUGGCGCAUCUUUGUCAAAGGUGUCAAUGACGAAGAUAUUUCCUACUGGUUGAAGAAAGUCCAGUUCAAGCUCCACGAAACCUACGCCCAAUCUAUCCGGACGAUUGAAGGCCCACCAUUUGAAGUUACAGAAACUGGCUGGGGUGAAUUUGAGAUCCAAAUCAAGCUGUACUUUAUUCCAGAGUCGACGGAAAAACCACAGACGUUAUGGCAUGGCUUGAAAUUGCACCCUUACGGACCAGACGCGGAAGCCCAAAAGGCGAGACGAGAUACCAUCAUCAGCCAGCAUUAUGAAGAAGUUGUUUUCAACGAGCCAGUGGAGCAAUUCUACAACUUGCUGACUGGCGGAACUCUCGCCCCACUACCCUCGAAAGGGAAAGCCGGAAAGGGUUCAAAGCAACAGCAACAGCAAAGCGGCCGAACAGCAGAGAUUCCAUAUUCGGAUUCUCCCAGGAAUCCCUAUAGCCAGAAAUCGGAGGCCAAGGAACUCGAUAAGCUUGGCGAGGCCACAAAGACGGUGGACAGAAUGUUGAAAGAGGAGCGUGCCAAACUAAUAGAGCGAGAAGUGUAUCUCGGCAAGCUCAAGGAAAGUGAAGGUUUGCCUGUUGUUCAGAAGAAAAAGUGA